GAACACGUGCAUCCUUUUCCUUCCCAAAAGCAAAAUUCAAAAUACAGCAAGGAUUUUGAAGAGCGCCAAUUGGGCAUUUUUGAACUCUCCGACACCCCCCCAAAAGCCUCCGGCCGGUCGCCGGUGAAGACCUCCUCCACCGGAUAGGGUUUUUAAUGUUUCAUCGGCAGAGUGGUGGUUUAGACUAGAAAUGCACGAGGGAAAUAUCCAUGGAAGGGGAGGAGCCUAACCUUCCGCCGGCCCCACCUCCAUUGUUCACCGGUUCCAACUUUAACCGUCCGAUUUACCCUGAUUCCACCACCAACUCAACGACGACGUCGUCCUCGUCGUCUUCCUCAUCCCCUCAAGCAUUCUUGCGCAAUGUCCAAGCUGCCUUCAAGCGUCACAAAGCUCUAGGUUGUAUGGCAUCUGGUGUACAUCUGUUGAGCUCUCAGUUUAUUGCUUUAGUUUGUGCACUCCAAGUAUUCUACUGGAGCUUUGCUUGAUCACCUUUUGCUCAUUUCUCAAACUUCUUGGCCAUAUGAAAACUAUAUAUCACUUUUUACUGUUUUAGCUUAAUUAAUGUAUUAGCUCUUGAUUCUCAUAUCAGUUGACCUAUAUGUAAGAGUCUAAAAAUCUUGUUUCAGGUCACAUUGCUUCAAUUACAUUUUAUCAGCUAUCUAAUCACUAGGAACUUCGAAUUAUUUUUUAACCUUCUCAUUCUACAGUUUAUGGCUUAUUUCAGGAAUUGAUCUGAGCUGUGUUGUGUAAUUUGUUUUAUUCAUAGGUGUGAUGUUGCCAAACCAUAUAAAACCGAGAAGGAUGAAUAAUCCUCAGCAAGAAACCCCAAAGGGUUCAACAUUUGCCACAGAUUCUACCACAUUCAAAACAAUGAGGAACGUAGAAGAAAGCCUAAGCCAAAGAUUAAGGGAAUGCAUAUCAGAGCCGAAAGAGAUCGUUUCAGUUGCUGGAGAAACAGCAGAGCAUGCAUUGAUGACUCCAUCUAUGGAAUGGGGUAGUACUAUAAACACAUUGGAAAGAAGCCCUAAACAUUUUGGGGCCCAUUGUGACCAACCUAGAUCCUUGGCUGAGUGUAGAGGUAAUGACACUGUUGCCUCAUGCAUUAUUGGAUCUGAAUAUGCUGCUGCUCACGAGGGGCCGAAGAAGGUCCAUUUUGCUACUGGUGAUGCCAAGUACCAGGAAAUGGAAUGGGAGGGAGGCAAUCAAACAGAAGUUUCUGCUGCUGGUGGACAUGAUUUGCCACAUCGAAAUAAACUAACUGAAGAUGUAGAUGAAUUAUUGCAGUCUAAGGGUGGUACAUCUUUGUUGGCAGACUUGGGAGUUUCAGAUCAGCUCCACAAAUUCUCGGGCUUCAUACAGAAUGAUAUUAGUCAACCCAUAACCCAAUCUACAGUUGUUGGAUUGUCUUGUGCGACUACAACAUUAAUUAACCCUGGAUCUGCUCCUGUGCUUAAUUCAACAACCUAUGGUUCAGAACCUCAUCAAGCAAGUAACUCUAGGAUAAAUUUGGGGGCAACUGGUGAUUUAGAAAUGAAUUAUCAACCCCUGGUAGAACCAGCCAUACUGCCUAGUGAUCCUUUAUCAAAAUGCAAUACUGAUGCCUUGAGUCACCAGGCACCCAUUGCAGGGAAAGUUGGCAUCUCUAGUCUCGAAACUUGUCUAGGAGUUAAGAACACAUUCCUGUCCAGCGAGAAAGAGAUUCUUAUUCCAAAGGACAGCAGUACUACUUGUAAUCCACCUAUGUCUAUUAAUGACAAUGCUGCUACAGAAGUUCAGAAAGCUACUGAGUCUGGUCCUGCCUUGUCAGAUGUUAAGGCCGUGGAUGUGAAAAUGGAAUCUAACAAAUCAGGGAAACAAGGAAAAACUGUAGGUGGUAAAGCAGCAUCCGUGUCUCGUAAGAAGACGUAUGAUUCUGACUUGUUUUUCAAAGUUAAUGGCAAGCUGUACCAAAGGCUUGGGAAGAUAGGGAGUGGAGGUAGCAGUGAAGUUCACAAAGUUAUUUCAUCAGAUUGUACUAUUUAUGCUCUGAAAAAAAUCAAGCUAAAAGGUCGGGACUAUGCUACAGCAUAUGGGUUUUGUCAGGAAAUCGAGUAUCUGAAUAAACUGAAGGGAAAGCGCAACAUCAUUCAACUCAUUGACUUCGAGGUGACAGACAGGGCAUUGCUUCAAGAAGUCAUCAAGGGUUCCAUGAGUAAUAAAGAUGGCAGAGUAAAGGAAGAUGGUUAUAUUUAUAUGGUGCUUGAAUAUGGUGAAAUUGAUUUAGCUCACAUGCUUUCUCAAAAGUGGAAGGAGCUGGAUAGCUCUAACGCAACUCUAGAUGAGAACUGGCUGCGGUUUUACUGGCAGCAAAUUCUUCUGGCUGUGAAUACCAUACAUGAGGAGCGAAUUGUGCAUUCAGACUUGAAGCCAGCCAAUUUUCUUCUUGUUAGAGGAUCACUUAAGCUGAUUGACUUUGGUAUCGCAAAAGCCAUAAUGAGUGAUACGACAAAUAUUCAACGGGAUUCACAGGUGGGUACACUCAGUUAUAUGUCUCCAGAAGCCUUUAUGUGCAAUGAGAAAGAUGCAAAUGGAAACAUAAUAAAAUGUGGACGUCCAUCAGAUAUCUGGUCUCUUGGUUGCAUCCUCUAUCAAAUGGUGUAUGGAAGAACACCAUUUUCCGAAUACAAGACUUUCUGGGCAAAGUUUAAAGUCAUAACAGAUCCGAACCAUGAAAUUAUAUAUGAACCAGUUCCCAAUCCAUGGCUGAAGGAUCUUAUGAAGAAAUGUUUAGCGUGGGACCGUAAUGAAAGAUGGAGGAUCCCUCAACUGCUGCAACAUCCUUUUCUAGUUCCUCCAAUCCCACCAGAGUUAUCAAUGCCGAUGGACCAGAGAUGGAAAUUGCUUAAAUUAGCUGCUCAUCUAUGUAAAGAUGAUGCAACUACUUUGUCAAUGUGCUCUCAACUUGAUCAGCUGCUGGAUGAGCGAGGGCCAUUGAUCACAACUCAAGCAUCGACAUCCCUUCUUGAACUGCAAAAGUUGUUCCGUGAUGUAGGAAAUUUGUGUUUGCAAAUUGACAAACAUUUGGGCAAAUCUGAAGGAUUAUUAUAAGAAACAGAUACCACAAAUUUGCCCUGUAAUUGUCUGUUGUAAGCAGUAUUUGUGCUAGUGUUUUAUAGAGAGUCUCGGAUGAAUCACCGGUGCAUUCAUCGGUUAGUAUAGUGAUUCUUCUUAUCCUCUUGAGGUAAAUAAGAUUACUCUUGGGAAUGAGGAUUAUCCAGCCUAAAUGAUAGUGUGAUAGUAGUUUAUCCUGUACAUAUAGUUUGUGAUUUCUGCACUUUAAGCUAUGUAGUAAGCUUAACAUCUUACGUAUGUCAGGAGUGCACAUCAGUGCAAGGCAUUGAACACUUGGGGAGAAUGUGUGAAAAAUUGUAACAUCAUUCCUGUUCAGAAUGUGAAACCGAAACCUCCUCGUCCUAAGUUUUGAAAUCAUUAAAGGGUGAAUUGAAGUUUAUGUCCUUGAGCAAUAAGCAUUUGCUUCGAGUAAAGUAUGGAGUUGGUUUCUCUGACAUUAUCGGUUGGAAUCAAUCGCAAGGUUCUGUCAGGAACCAGCUUUCUGAAAAGGGGCUAAAGUAGAAUUUGUUGUAAUUUGGAGGAGUUUAUUUAAUAUGUGG